ACCGUUUGAGUUAUAGUAUCACUAACUAACAGCCCUCGCGCUCUCUGAGUGGCUGAAAUAGACUAUGAUGCUAGUCUCCGUAGGUCCUCCAAAUAUGUUUCAAAGCAUACAAGCUGGGCAUAGAAGGGGGCCAGAAAAGCAAUACCAGACUCCCGUCAUCCAACAUUCCCUUUUAUCUCGAUUUGCCCCUUCUUCCUCCGCAUCACAGCGACAUAUCAACCAAGCCAAUGUUGUUCUGAUACAGCAACAGUGGUCACGCCGUAACCACAAGCAAUACCAAAUUCUCGACCAUCCGUCGCUUCCAAUCACUUUGCGUCGUUCUUUCCUCUACUGCGAUUCUUCAUGAUCACGAUGUAUUCGUCACAUCUCCCACGGAUUUUUGUUCUCUCCCUAACGAUCUAUGGCGUAGUCUAUGGGCAAACAUGCUAUCGUCCGGAUGGUAGUGAGUCUGGAGACACGCCCUGUCAGUCAGGCGACGGCUUGACAGUAUUUUGUUGCCCAUCUGGCUCAACAUGUGUUGCCGACCCAGGACCGAUCUGUCUAAUGUCAAACGGAGGGUACCUCCGUGGUAGCUGUACGGCGCAAGACUGGACCACUGACGAUUCUACUGCGUGCCCGAAGUUCUGCUUAGCGAAAGAUUCAAACCAAGAGGUUGAACGAUGUGGAUCUUCCAACAACUUCUGCUGUGGUUACGACUCGGACCAGAACCUCUGCGACUGUAAUCCCAGAAACAAUACGUUCGCUCUCGAUUCAUACGCACCGAUCCAAAUCGUCAGCUCGAUGACCUUGCAUCCAAGUUUCACCUCAGAAGCCCCCUCACAGUCAUCGACUCUACCGCCCUCAUCAACACCCACUGCAGCCAGCGAAACACCCACCGCAGGGAGCGAAACACCCGGUGCACAAACGACUGGCUCCAGUGCACCUACAGGAUCGCCAACACCCGAAGCGUCUGCGUCUUCUGGCCUGAGCACAGGCGCCAAAGUCGGGCUGGGCGUCGGCAUUCCGAUAGGCGUCGCUUUCAUUGCUGUACUCGGCUGGCUUGCCUGGAGACAGCGCAAGAAGACCCACAGCGCACCAAUCAGUGAGCUCCAGGGUCAAACCCAACAACCGCAAUUCUCUCCGUAUCCGGUGGAGCAGAAGCCCGAGUGGAUGCAACACCAGGGCGCGUAUGGCCAAAACAACUCCUAUGCGAAGACAGCGCCGGUGGAGGUAGAUGGAAGUUCCGCGCCGCUGCCGUAUGGUGCUCAGGGACCGCCGGCGCCGGUGCAUGAGAUGCCCACGCAGCAGAGGUGAAGAGAGGGACACAACUUUAUUGAUGUUAUAAUUAGCGAACAUUGCUGUAAAGUUGAACUGGCAAGCCUUUAA